AUGCCGGGACAAAAGGCAUCAUAUGUCACCCUCGAUGUUUUCACAUCACAGAGAUUCAAAGGUAACCCUGUCGCCAUCGUGAUGCUCAGCAAUAUCAAGUUAUCACAGGAACAAAAGCAACAGAUCGCCAAAGAGUUCAACUUUUCCGAGACAGUAUUCUUGCACCCCGCGACGGGUGAUCUAGAAAUCUUCACUCCUGUCAAUGAGAUGGAGUUUGCCGGCCAUCCUAUCAUUGGCACUGGCCACUUUCUCUUUCGCCAGGCAGUGGCCGACGGUCCUAAUCCUUCAAACACCCUCACUGUCAUGACCAAGGCCGGACCCGUUCUGAUCUCAUAUGAUCCAGCGAAUGAGGUUGUUUCUGCUGAGGUCCCUCACGAUAUUCAUAUCCACCAACAGGGUGCGACCUUAAGCCAUAUCCUUCCUGUUCAAGCAGGCCUGAGGGCUGUUUCGGACCUGCAAGGUUUAACAGAGACAUCACCAGUAGUCUCCGUGGUCAAAGGUGUCACAUAUGCACUGAUGGAUCUGACUGAAAGACCCGAUAUCUUCGCCAAUAUCGUGCCCGGUGGAAGUCCAGACCUUGAUCUUGAUAAGGGAUGGUCGCCGUCCUUCACCGGAGUCAUGUAUCACCAGCAUCUUGGGUCUCGGACGGAAGGAGACUUAGUGAUUUGGAAUCUCCGUGUGCGCAUGGUCGCGAUUGAUCUAGAGGACCCUGCUUGUGGAAGUGGAGGAUCUUCUCUUGGAGCUUACCUUGCGCUAUCGAAUGGUCAGAAGGGCCAAAAUCACCGGUUCUAUAUUGACCAGGGGAUUGAGAUGGGGAGGGAUAGUCGGAUCAUUGUGGAUGUGCUCUUGGAUGAGGACAAGAAGAAGGUCUCCACUAUCAAACUCGCUGGUCAUGCUGCUUUCGUAGCGGAAGGGAGCAUAUUUGUUGAUUGA